GAGUCAACUACUCAUGUUUCUGGAUAGGCUCUACGGUAUCCCAAGUUGUGGCCGACUUCGUCUUACAGCCGAGGCAGCAGAGGGCUUCAAAAUCCCGGAAAUUUCUGUUACCGCAGGUCAGUCAUGCAAGGCUUGCUUCACAUUCCACAGUUUAUGGAAUGGCUCAAGCAGCACAACACCCCGGCUAUUCCGUGCUCCAUUGAGGUGAUAAUCCCCCGAGCGACCACGGGAGCUGGGUCAGGGGUUGAAUGCCCGGUAUGCACGCUCCAAACUCUUGCGAGAGAGUACUGGGAAGGCAAUCCCAUCGGUGGCAUCCUCGGCCGUUUUGACCGGGGUGUCUGGAACCUUGCACGCCACCCAAUUUACUCUCUCGAUUUCUUAAGAUUCAUUCGUGUAGGAACCAUCUUUCGUCCCCGUCUAUUAGGUGAGGCUGGCCAAGAAGACGCAGAAGAAUUUCUUCGUUGGCUUUUGCAUAGGAUCAUUCAAAACUCCACCACUAACCUAACAUGGCCCGACGAAUAUGAAGCCCUGUUUGCAACAAACGUUCGAAGAGACGCGACGUGUAGCGAAUGUGGCACUCGGCGUACUACCGCACCUAGCAUAGAUGAGGGCCCCAUUCUCAGCAUGGCGAUCACAGCUAGACCAUCCACUCUUCAAAGAUGCAUUAGAGAAUAUUUCCAACCUCAAGCACCGGUAUCCAUCCAGUGCACCGAUCCAAGAUGCAAUAACAAUAUGGAUCACACCGAAGUCGUGUCGAUUAUAUCUGCGCCAGAGAUCUUGAUCAUCCAGUUAAUACGAUCACGGUUUUCGGCGCUGACAGGAAACAUGUUCAAAGUUCGCACCCCGGUUGCGGCAGAUCAGCGUUUAGACCUGACCGCUUAUCAAGAGAAUACGAACAUGCCUUUGGUCUACAGCCUUUCAAGCGUAGUUUCGCAUGCUGGAGAGGACCUACAAGGAGGUCACUAUAUCGCACACACUACCGGUCCGCCACCUAAUCGCGCUAUCUCGGCGAUUUCGGAUUUUCACUGCCUUCCGAGUGAUACUGCUACGCUUCGACAAGAUGACAAGACGCAUCGUUUCCCUGGGCGAGAACAGGAGAGGUUCCAGAAUUAUAUCUUGUUCUAUACUCGAACUUCCAAUACUGGUGUAUAUGCUGAGUCUGCGGUUCCGGUAAAACGAACGACGAGGGGAGUGAAGGGAGGGAGAAUCGGUAAAAAGCGAAGUAAAGGCAAAGCGUAAGUUAACGUAAGUAAAUGUGCAUCCCUGGGUCCCGAGACGCACCCCAUCACGAGACGGAAUUUUACUUUAGGCCUCUUUAUAGUCUCUCUCGCAUGUAUCCUAAAGCGAUAUCAGCAUCAGCGUCACGAUUUCGUACCUGUAGUCGCAGCUCUUUGUCGGAGUGUGACAACAUUUCGUUGUCUCCGUCAUGCGCUAGUCUCAGACAGCCGCGGCGUGACUCCGCGAGGCACAAUGAGUUCCAUGAAUGUCAUCAAAGAGCUGAAGAUACCACAGUGUUCAGUCACGUGAUUAGACUUAAUGAAUCUUGCUACCAAUACUACGUCAC